AUGUUUCGGUAUAUUGGUCUGCAGGUGGAGAUUCUUAUCCUUCAUGAUCACAUUCUCUCGCUACAAUCACACAACUUGCGAGCAGCUGUGGCUGCGGCGCUGCUGCUUCUCCCCCAGACAUUCACAGAGCAUGAGCUGUACGAGGCAAUUUGUCGCAUUUCAUACACAGGCGAUGUGCGCAUGGCACUGGCUGAAGACCCCAACAAGAUCAGCAGAAUUGUCUUCGGUGGUUUCCACCAUUUCCGCUCGCUCUAUCGCUCCUCUCUCCAGCAUUUCGUCAGCUCGGGCUGCCUCCACUGCAUUCCGUCCACUCCUGCCGAAUCCUCUGGAACUGGACUACAGAACAAGAGACUGAUUGGGCAG